GCGAGAAUCGACGUGUUCUUUGAAACACUCCGCAGUAUCCAACAGUGGGAAUAUAAAUAUGUUUGCUUCAAAACAUAUCUAUUCGUAUUCGUGAACUUUUCGGUAAUCAGUGAACUUUUAAAGACACCAACUAUAGAAGAUGUCUCCGAAGCAGCCGAAACACAAGACCAAGUUCAACGCGGUAGAUUUGGUAUCGCAUUACAAAAAUAUGGUGACUUCUGAUGAAAAGCUGAGCAUGAGUGAGAACGCAGCCAUGUUUGAAGAAUACUGCCGGUUCAUCGAAGACGAAUAUGGCCUCGUUGGCAAGAUCGUGACGCAUCGAGUGAGAAAAGAUACUGCGUUUUACUUGGAAGCACUCGAAAGGUAUGGAAAGACAAAAGAAGACGAACAAACCGCUGAAAAUUUACUGACGUUGACGUCUGAGAACAAGAACGACGCCAAGUUUCACACCGAACUUUGCCAUCGCCUCGCCGUCUUACUAUCCUUCUUCUCUUACGUGGUGCUGAUUUUGGAUGGCUACGAAAAGCCGGAUUUACCAGGCAGGAACUUCAUUGCUGAUUGUUACGAAGUGACACUCGGGAAGUUAGAGCCCUGGUACAUUCGAAAGCCCGUUCAGGCAAUGUUGCGGCUUUAUGCCGGCAAGGAGUAUUGGAAGGAACAUUACUUCGAGAACGAAGCCAUUUUCCCGGGAAACACGAUCGCCGAUAUUCUCACAUACAGCAAAAAGAUUCAGCAGCACAUGAUCAAGCUCAUGGAGAAGAUAGGGUGUCAUCAUUUAAUUCACACUGGGACUUCUGCAGAUUUGAACGACCUCGACAACCCUUCUUCCUCUUUCUCCAACUCGGACAACUCCUCGAACUAA